CUUCUCUGAAGCGUGUGUUGUCAGCCUAUAAAAAUCAAACCUCACAGAUUCUCCAUCAUUUCUACUCUCACUUUGCUUCUUAGCCAUCAUGCACUCCUAGCUUCAGCGUUUUAGCCUUUGGUUUCUCAUUCUGCACUGUAUUUUGUCGCUAACCCUGAGGAGAAUUUGAGAUGAAAUGGCCGAAAAUAAAGAGCACCCCACAAAUCUUUUGGAGAGGUUUUCGCCUGACGAAGAAAAUCCAAAGCAAACUCAAGAGUUAAAUUCACAGUAUCUUCAUCAGCCAGACCUCAAUCUUCGACUCUCUUUGGGAAUUAACUUUGAGGGUGAGAGCUCGCUGACAAGGUCGUCUUCAGUGUCUGGAUUCAUGACUCAGAGAAAGGACUCUGGGGAAAGUGAAAAAAGCGCUCUUUUAUUAGAGAGGUCUUGGUCUCUGCCGGCUAAGAGGGAGCAAGAGCAGAGGCUUAUAACUUUAAGGGAGUUGCAGGCAAUGAGGAGAAUUCAGGCAAAGAACAGGCUUCUGGAGAGGCAGAGGAUAAGCAGGGAAAAUAAAGAGAAAGAAAAGUCUAAAGCUUCCCUGCAGAAGCCAAUGCCCUCUCUGCCUGCGCCUUCGCCGGCUAAGAGCCCUUCUCCAUAUCAAGCCAUUGUUAACAUCAAGGGAAAAGGAGAUCUAGCUGACAGCCAAAAGGGAAUGUAUUUCCCACAUCUGUCUCCGGCAUUUGCUGCUCUACAUGGGCAGGAAGGUUCAGCUACACCACCAGAAGUUUCAGCUGCGCCUAAACAAUCUAGCAGACUCCACCCAUCAUCGGAUCCAAAGAACAUAGAGCCCAAUCAACCUAGUAGGUUCUACCCACCAUCGGAUCCAAGGAAAAUCGAGCCUAGCCAACCUACUAGGUUCCAUCUGCCUUUAGAUCCAACGAAAAUAGAACCUAACCAACCUAGCAGGUUUUACCCGCAAUCGGAUCCAAGGAAAAUAGAACCUAACCAACCUAACAGAUUCCACCCGCCAUCAGAUCCAAGGAAAAUAGAAGCUAAUCAACCUAGCAGGUUCCACCCACCAUCAGAUCCAAGAAAAAUAGAACUUGACCAACCUAGCAGAUUCCACCCGCCAUGGGAUCCAAGGAAAACGGAACCUAACCAUUCUAUUAAGUUCGACCCUCUAUGGGAUCCAAGGAAAAUUGAACCUAACCAACCUAUCAGGUUCCACCCGCCAUGUGAUCCAAGGAAAAUUGAACCUAACCAACCUAAUAGGUUCCACUUUCCAUCGGAUCUAAGGAAAAUAGAACCUAACCAACCUAGCGGGUUCCACCCGCCAUCGGAUCCAAGGAAAAUAGAAUCUAACCAACCUAGCAGGUUCCACUCGCCAUCGGAUCCAAGGAAAAUAGAACCCAACCAUCCUAGCAAGUUCCACCUGCCAUCAGAUCCAAAGAAAAUAGAAUCUAACCAACAUAGCAAGUCCCGCCUACCAUUAGAUCCAAGGAACGUGGAACCUGUGAUCGCUCCUGGGACAACCUCUAAUAGAAUGCUAGUCCAGCCGGCCGAAAUCAAGCCUGAGAAUCCAUACAAGAGGCCUAGAAUCACCAGCUCAAACUUUGAAGACAAUGGGAUAGAUGUGAUUAGACAAAUGCCAAGUGUAAGUACCACUGGGGAUGGUCCCAAUGGGAAGAGAAUUGAAGGAUUUCUCUACACAUACACAAAAGGUCAAGUAAGUAUAGUGUGCGUAUGCCAUGGCAGCUUUCUUUCACCAGCAGAGUUUGUGAAGCACGCUGGUGGCAAAGAUGUGUCGAACCCCAUGAAGCACAUCACCGUGUAUACUGCUCUUUCAGCUUGAAUUGAGUGGUGGCGGUCGCGGCUUUGUCACCCCUUUUAGGACCUAAACUGAGUAGGAACUGAUACUUUUCUCAGUUACCUUUGUGUGUUUUUUUUAUUUUAUAAUGGAGAUGAAAGAAAGCUUCCUUCUCAAGAGGGGAAUGUUCUUUUAUUUGGCUUUAGAGAACUCUUGAAUGAACCAUGUUUGAAUGGAUGAAUGCAUAGGUUUCUUUGUUUCAA